AUGAAGAGUUUUUGUUCUGGGGACCGCGCUCGGUAUGACUGCACCCGAGCUCUCGAGCAGAACAGGGAACCCCAGCCUAGCAACGAGUCUAGGGGUAUGAAGAAGGAUGAUAUCCUAAGGUUGAUGAAUAAAGCGAAGCAAUUAAGACUGGUAUCUGAAUUUGUUAUGUCGGUCCGGGAUGUCCCAUUCUACUACGGAGACUCGUACGAAUCCCGCGAACAGAGGGAGGCUCGGAAUAGCCUGGUGCUCUACUAUCCAGACGGAGGUCAGUACGGCCAUUGUGUUACUGCAAUUCGUGAGGAAGAUAUCAGGGAUUAUCAGCAUGUUGGCGGCCCUGGGUUCAGGAGUGGCCGUGUUGUUACCAAAGAGGUAUUGCUAAACGGUUCCCAGGGUACGAACUUCAUAGAUUGUACAAUCCUGGUUAAGGCUGGUGAGGCCUCAGGACUCGGAGACUUCUGGGAUCAGGGAAGGUAUUGGGAAGCCAAGGAAUGA